GGCCGAUGGCCGCACGACUACUCUUCUCGUAGUGUUCUCUCAGUUAUCGUUUGUCGUUCUCUUAUCACGGUCUACUUCGAACAUUACCUUAAAUUCCAACUACAAUAAUUGAGUCUAUAUCAUCAUGUUUCGUUACGAAACUAGUACUAUCUAAUUCGCGGUAUAACUUGAUUAAACGCAUAAAAAUGUAGAGUUUUUCGAUUUAUAAUUCUGUUUCUUGAGGGUUGAUGAGAUAAAUCUCUCCCCGCGUCGGUAUCUGCAACUUUUGCAGCACUUCACUUAUUUGGCGGGCUCGUAAAUACGGAACUAUGCAAAAAUGCGGGUUUUGCUCUGUGUUGUCCGGCCUCUUGCGAAGAGCGAUGUGUGUCAGCAGCCGAAGAGGAAGCAGCGAGUCCUACUACAGGGAGCUAGGCGACCAAGACACGCUGAAAAUCGAAGAUCGCUCCUCUGGUUUAUCCGACGAUUCCGAGGAAAUUAUACAAGAAAUACCGCCAAGUCGAUCCAUCAUUCUCUGCUCGGAGCUUGACAAUAUAUCACACAAUCUCAGAGCAGGCCGAUUUAUGACUCUGCACAAGCGCCGCAAAAGAAGACUGAAAACAAGAUCUCUCAGAGAAGAGACUGCCUUGCUGGAUGACUUGCAGCUGGGACAAGUGCAGUGCGCCCUGAAUAUGGCAAUGCUGUGGAAGUUCAAUGCUUUUACCUUAGACAACGUCUCUGGCGGUCGCUGUCUGCCGGUGCUGUGUGUUCAUCUGUUCCACAAAUAUGGACUUAUAUCACACUUCAACCUGGACGCGGCUAAAGUGUGGAAGCUGUUUACCAUGAUCGAGGAAGGGUACCACAGCACAAACCCAUACCACAACUCUAUCCACGCCGCGGACGUGACACAGGCCAUGCACUGCUUUUUACAACAAAAACGGAUUCGAGAACAUAUGGAACCGUUGGAGAUAAUGGCGUCGCUGUUGGCUGCUAUAGCUCAUGACCUGGACCACCCAGGAGUCAACCAGCCGUUCCUCAUUGCCACCUCCAACCAUCUCGCCGCCCUAUACAAUAACACAUCUGUACUUGAGAAUCAUCAUUGGCGGGCAGCGAUCAGCUGCAUCAGGGAGAGUGGCCUCCUGAACGAGAUGCAAGAAUCUCAGCCCAGGCUGGAGAAGCAUAUUAGCUCCCUGAUCUUGGCUACCGACAUCACGAGACAACAAGAGUAUCUCACACAGUUCAAGACUUAUUUGGACACCAAUACACUUGACUUAAGAAAACUCGAGCAUCGCCAUCUGGUACUCCAGAUGGCGCUGAAAUGCGCAGACAUAUCUAACCCGUGCAGACCCUGGGAUAUUAGCAGGAAAUGGAGUCUCAAAGUCUGCGAAGAGUUCUUUAGGCAAGGCGACUAUGAGCGCAGAUUGAACUUGCCAGUAACAGCGCUUUGUGAUCGACAUACUACGUCUAUACCCAAGAUCCAAACAGGGUUUUUCAAGUAUGUCGUGACCCCCCUUAUUACCGAAUGGCACCGAUUUCUCAAGAACCAUUUGUCUGCGCAAAUGUUGCGAAAUCUUCUCAUCAACCAGACAAAAUGGGAAUCCCUGGUGGCUCAAGAAACGGCAGAAGAAAUCGGUAUCGAAACGUCUGACACAGGCGUGGUAGACGAGGAUCUAGAGUCCUGUUCAGGCAACAUCUCUGACAGUUCCGAGAUGCUGUUACCACUUCGCAGGAGAUCUUUAAAUCCAACUAAACAAGUUGGUCUCAAAGAACAGUUAAGGCGAUUUUCCGUUCCACUAAACGUGUUCCAAGAUUCGAAAUUUAAGAGUAGAGAUAAGAGUCGAGCGUCGUCUAUAGCAGAGCCGCGUAGUAGGGGCAACACUAGUCCGUUCGGCAGUGAACAUUCGCUACACUCACAACGUAGUUCGUACGACCAUUGCCAAGACAACGAGAGAGUUCUCAGUUCAGAAAAGCUUCUUCCGGAUUCUACUAUAACUUCAAUCACCACCCCAGUGCAGGCAACUCGGCUGAACACUGUCAUAAAGGAAGGCGGAUCUUGGAAGCUGAUACGCCAGCAGACUUUUCCGCCGGCGUUUGAGACGUCGGCACACGCACCCCCGCUCACCGCUCGUCGCCUGCACACAAGUAAUGAAGACGCUAUCUACCCGUCUCGUCAAGUAAAGACUGAGUAUGCAGUUAAAUUUGAAGUAAGGAAAGAGGGUGUGUUUAGCAAUUUAGUCAAGUUGGAUGAUAUCAAUAAGACUGAUAACGAUGACGCUUCUGAUAAUAGUGACGUAGAUGUAGCUGAAUGUACGCAUAAUUUAGACAAAGAAAAUAAGCCUGCGAGUCUUAGUAGCUCAGCGGCACUCUGGGAAUAUGCAGCGUCUGGGAAUCAGUUAAGAGUGAAUUUGACAGGGAUGCACUUGGAUGCUCUCGCCUCCGAGCAGGAGACACGCCGCAGGAAGUCCGUGCCUGCUGAUAACGUCGCCUCUGCACCAAAAGAGAAAAGAUCAAGGGAAGUCACUACUUCGGCGACGCAACUACUGCAACGAACUCUAUCAGGAAAAGAAAGCUGGACCCAGCGCAGAGGAUCCGCCCCUGCACCAGUAGCACCCUCCGAGUUGCGAAAUCUAGCCUCAGCAGCCAACACGAGGCACAGCACUAACGGCGCCCGGCGGAAGGUCCCCACGCCGUCGUGUCAACAGUGGAUGGUGAAGACCUCCCACAGCUUCCAGGAGAGGACACUCCACCACAUACCGCGCAGAAGUUCAUUGCCCGUUGAGGUGCUGACAGGUGUCUCUACCCGUUGAAGCUUCAGAGAGCCCAGAGACCCAAUAGGUUGGGAAACUGGAACCUGCUCAAAUAUGUAUGAAAGGUAUUGCACCUACCUGCCGUUAUAUCAAGACAACAUACGGAAAUUGACGGCUGAUCGUUAUAUGUGUUUGUAGAUAUUGAAGUUUGUUGAUAAUCAAAUUAGGAACGGUAUGUGUAAAGUUAAAUUAAAUAUGUAGGUUGUUUGGAACGAGGCAUGUCUUUAGACUAGACAGUGUACACUACCCCACGGAUUUACAGAUAAGUGGUGUGUUUCACCACAUUGAAUGACAAGGUAAUACUUUAUAUAAUGUAAUCAUUACAUUUCCGUGAGUACGUUGAACCUGCUGUUUAAUUGGGUAUUUCCUUAUGCCCAAUGUGUUUGUGAGCAAAAUGUAUGAACAUGUAUUUUUGUUCAUGAUAUUGUGAGUCAAAUGUUAUUAGCUCAAAGUAAAUUUGUCGGGCUUAGAAUAUAGAUUGUAAGAUUAGUCUGUAAU